UUGCCUACUCAGUGUCCUCUGGAACUCGUGUGAGGUUGGGUGUGUCAAGUCGCUCUGGUGUGCCUUCACUCCGCGUGUGUGUGUGUGCGUGUCGGGGACCUGUGAGAGCCCUGUGUGCGUGUUUGGUGUGUCGUGAGGGGCCGUGUGGGUACACCAAGACACAGGAUGGGGCUACAGGAACAAGGAACGAUACUGCUGCUUGUGAUAGCGGCUGCAGUGGUAGGAGCCACUAAAGGUGAGCUGUGCAACGCUGAUUAGUUGAUUGGUGGUCUCCAAGAGCCCUGAUUGGUGGUCUCCAUGAGCCCUGCUUGGUCUCCAUGAGCCCUGAUUGGUGGUCUCCAAGAGCCCUGAUUGGUGGUCUCCAUGAACCCUGCUUGGUCUCCAUGAGCCCUGAUUGGUGGUUUCCAAGAGCCUUGAUUGGUGAUCUUCAAGAGCACUGAUUGGUCUCCUAGAGCCUUGAUUAGUGGACUCGAAGAGCACUGAUUGGUGGCCUCGAGUUAUCAAUUAUGACCAGUUAUUUCAGUCGCCAAUCAGACGACAGAAUGGCGGUGAAGUACUCGGUUGAGUGCACUGGGGCGACCAUGGUGGUGCGAGUACCCAUGGCCGGGGUGAAGGAUGUCGAACUGGACAAGUGGGGUGAGCUUCCAGGGUGUGGCAGCCAGCAUGACAACACCCACUACACUCUCACCCUGCCCCUAGAUGACACCUUGGCCUGUGGCACAACCAGAGUCAGGAACAAACUUACAGGUGAAGAGUUAUUUUAUCACCGGGUGGCAAUAACGUCCCCCCACGGGAGGCAAGUGAUCCUGGUCAAGUGUCGGGUUGGUGCUGACAACUCAACCCUGGGCAAUAUAGUUAAAAGAGAUGUUCUUCCACCGGAGUUUGUGGAGCCAGACUACAUCGAGAUCACAUCAGAGGUGACAGGAACAGCACCCAUCCCCAUCCUGGGCGUGGGCGUGAGGCAGAAUGGUCAGUUGGUCGGCUCUCAGAUUAAUGUCCGCCCAGGUACACCCCUCACCAUGGAGGUGUUUCUGGACGACACCUCAGCCGGCACUUACGGCAUCUUAAUGAGUUAUAUGGAAGUCACUGAUAAUGAGAACAAGAAAGAAACUAUCAUCUUUAAUGGGUGUUCCGUUGACCCAGUGCUCUUCGACAACUUCAUCACAACUACUGGUGACUAUGUGUCUGCCAAAUUCCGAGCCUUCAAAUUCCCAGAGACAAACUAUGUUUUGUUCCGAGGAACUGUAGAUAUCUGCCUUGAUAAGUGCCAGGGGAUUGCUUGUAGUAAUGGUCAGCUGGGCUUUGGACGGCGGCGACGUGAUAUCAGUAGCCAGGCGGUGGAUCCGAACAAGAUCUUUGAGGUUACAAUGACAACUUUCUUGAAAGUAGAUGAAACACUCAAUAAUACGAACAAGGAAGAUGUGAAGAGCUUCGCUACAGACAUGGUGGAUAAAGUUGUGAAAGGCAUAGGAGCUGUCGAGAGGGCACUUGCCGACGCUGAAGCCUCUCUACCUUGGAGUAGGUCAGCAACUGAGCGCGAUGCACCGUUCCAGUCCAGUGAAGGAAAUGAACCAGUCUUCAUUUACUACAAUGAUAAUAGUGGUCAAAGAUACACUCAGAGUUUGUUCACUCUCAUAGUAGCUGCUCUUCUUGUCUGCUGUUGCCACUAAUGCAUUUAAAGAUUAGCUAGUAGAAAUAAAACCUGUGUGUGUGCAUGACCAGUUCAGUUUAUGCUGUUACUGGUAAAAUUUGAUUGCACUUCAGCUCAAAAACUGCUUUCAUAUUACAUGUGAUAAGUCAUCACAGGUCCACAUAGGUUUAUAAAAUUGCAUUUCUCUUUGCCAACACAGGUUUGGUAAGUAUGUGUGAAUGCAUGAAUGUGUAUGUGCAAAAUAAAUUUAGAAUGCACAAUAAAAACAACUUAUGAAAAACAAUUCGGAUUUAAGCAAAAUUUCCGUAUUUAGGAGACCCUCGUUAGUGGCUCAAGAAUGAAGUUAAUCAUACCUGGCAUUUCAUACUGGUACAUAAUGUAUCGUAUUAACCAGUGUGUUAAUGAAGUGUAUAUGUACAGCAUGUAUGUGUAUAUACAUACUGUUAGUAAAUUUCUUCAAGGAAAGCAGGUGUGGUAAAAUUUGAAUCAGCUUUAAAUUAAUGACUUCCAUGAGAAUUAACUAAGAAAAUAUGGCAUUUUAUGUGUAAUUUUGUGUUUGUGUAUAUUUUUUUUUUUCAACAGUACUAGCAGUUAAAUAUUUAAUUAUUAUAUGUUCACUUUAACAAUCUGAACUAAAACACUAAAUGAAAACUCGCCUUUUACAAGUCAAGUUUUCACUCAACACAUGGAAGACACUAUGCAUUUUCAUAUUUAUAUAAAUGAUUAUGUAGUGUUCUUUCCAAGUUUAAGUGCCACAAUAGUGUGUAUCCUUACAGAACUGUGUAAGAAGUGUCAUAGAUAUAAGUGUGAUAAGUUUUUGUACCAAUCUACCAACCCAUCCUUUUAAGCAAACGUUGGUGGUUUACUGUGUCUAAAGUCACAUUAUUAUUAUUAUAAACAUAACUAAGUGCUAAACCCACAAGGUCUAAAGUCACGAUACUUUGGCUGGAACAAUUCACAAAUAACCCGCACUUAGGAGAGAAACUUAUGACUUUAAGGCCUUGUUGCUGCUGGCUGUACACAGUUUGACACACAAACCACAGCCUGGCUGGUCUGGAACUGAUUUGAGAAAUUUGUCAAGUUCCCUCUGGCUAUCUUCAAAAGAGAACUUAAGUUCCUCAAAUAAGUUCCUGACCAGCUGGGCUGUGGUGUAUACGCUGGACUGUGUGCAACAGCCUAGUUUAUUAAGCCUUUAUCCACCAGGAAGCCUGGUCAAAUGCUAGGCCAUGGAGUCACUUAGCCCCGAAAAUGUCCUUCGGGUAUCCAUCCUGAGCCAGUUGUGACUUGACAAUAGUCCAGGCUGGACCAAAGCAUUGUCAUGUGUUUCCUCUCCAAAGUACAGAUUAUUUGUGAAAUGCUUCAAGAGUGAUGGUACAGCAUCAGUGAUGUAAAAAAUGUAAAUGUCAGGAUUUUAUUGUCCUGCUUCCUCAGUCUUCUUGCUGGCUCCCUGUUUUCUGUUUGUGCAACAAAACAUGAUCCCCAUAUGCAUUAUUACAUUUAUUGGUGUUAAUAUAUCAGACAUGAUUAAAUUUACUUAAAUCUGGUUAACUAAUGCUAACUUUAAGCUAUCCCCAAAAAAUUGUGGAAGUAAAAAAAAUGGCUUAAAUAAAAUAGAAUCAAUGUUGCAUUAGGAGGAAAGGUUGCAGUCUGCUCUAUCAUGCAUUGUCUUCUAAUGAAAUGUGUGUGUGUGUGUGUUUGUUUUAUCGAUUAAAUUCUUUUACAUUGCGUGAAACACUAACUGUUACUGAUAAUACCAGUAAAUAUUUUUUGGCCAGAGUUUCAACACUUAACGCUAUUGUAGCUCUUUUAAUUUAGUUAUUGGAUGAAUGCUAAAUUUGUCCAUCUUAAAAUUUUAUAGUAUGACUUUUCAAAUUAAUGUAUCCUUUUGAAAGCUGUUAAAAAUAUUUGACUUUUUGGUAUGACUUUCUUUAUGAAUAAAGCUAUAAAAUGCAUGACUUCAAAUAUGAAAAAAUAGCAACGUGAAAUAAUUAACUGAAACCCGAGUAUUUCAAUGCAUUUUCGUACACGUCUUCAGAAGAACUGAUUCCUCUGAAAACACGUGUGUCUAUACUUUUAAUUUUUUCACUGUGGUAUUUCUUUACAAUUUACAUUAUUGCUCUUACUGUGGUGUUGGGGAAAACACAGUUUUUUUAAUUCUGUGUCACUUUGAUCUGUCUAUUGCCUCUGCUCCUAUUGUUGCCUCCCAGACUGCCUUUAUUCCUAGAGACUUGAGGUGCGAGUUACAUUGUGUAGGAUGUUGGACAUCGUGUUACCUAGGGUCCACAGUACAGUGACACCUCUGUAUAACAGACUAAAAGGGUUUCUGUUUAAAUGAAAAUCCUUAUCAAAAUGCCCUAUGCAACUGAGGUGAUCCAUUGCAUGGAGACCCUCAGACACUUGCACUACUACUGAUGGGCAAAAUCUUGAAGCAGUGGACUUGGUCCUUUGUAUCGAAUAUUUGUCUGGCUGUAUAUUUUAUCAGUUAUGCCAUCUACCAAACCGGAGUCUAUUAUAUAGAGGUUUUACAUUUGUUUCAACAACAUCCAAGGAACUUGAUAAUAGUUUAAAUCACAACAGGUUAAGUUGAAAAUACAGAGGGUUUGUAUCUCUGUGAUGACAGAUAGGAUGAUGCAUAACAGUAGAGUAUAUGGGUGAAUUACAGCCUUAAUGACUCUAACAUGCUAGCUAUAUACUUUAAACUUUACACACCAAUCCAUAAAAAAUUUUCAUAAAAUGCUGCCUAACACCCUGGUAACAGGAGAGAGAGAGAGAGAGAGAGCGAGCUACCUCAAAGUCUGGGUACUGGGUAGUCUGGGCAAGACUUGGUAGUGCCACGGGCAGUUGCAACUGAGAUUUCUUGUCAUUAACUGCCCUUGACACUGAAGUCUGCCAACCACUGGCCUGAGAGCCAUAAUGUAACAGCAACUAACAAAGUGCUUGUACAGCUGUACAGUAGAAUAAAUCGUAUAAUACUCUAAUGUAAAAUAAACUGUGAUAGUUU